ACCGCUGCCCACCUUGACUCCUCCCCCUCAUCCCUGUGUGACUGAUGCGAGGCCCAGACUCCUCCUCCUCCUCCUGCAGCGCGUUCAGCUGUGUGUGACAGAGAGCCGGGCAGGACUGGGAACUGUCACCAAGGAAACCGGCUCUCAGCAAAAGCAUCCGCUCUGAGGUACUGUCGCUUCAAGCUAUUGAGCCGGCCCUUGGGCAUGGGAUGAGGACCGUCUGUGUGUUCUAAACCCGCCUCCCCCCCGCACUGUGUUGUUGAGCCUGAUACAAUGGCUUUGGAAAUAAAAGAUAUUGGACUUUGGAGGCAAACAAGAACCCUGUUGUACAAGAAUUAUCUGAUUAAGUGUAGGACAAAGAGGGACACUAUACAGGAAAUCCUUUAUCCCAUCAUCUGGUGGUUAAUUUCACUGCUGUGGGCCAGCAUGGUGGAUCAGACCAAGCAUUAUGAAGCAAUGCCCAAUACUUUUAUUGGGGGGCUGGAUGGACCCAGUUCUUGGAAUCUAAUCAUUGGAUACACCCCAGAGUCCAACAUAACUCAGCAGAUUAUGGCCCUGGCUGCAUCUGAAUGUUAUUUCACAGAUUUAACAUUCAAGCCUUAUCUGGAUGAAGAGCACAUGAAAAGAUCGAGUUCUUAUUUUGAAAAGCAUUUUGUUGGUGUGGUAUUUGACAAUGCCAUGUCCUACAAGCUGAGAUUUUCUGUGUAUUCUGUCCCAGAUUCCACACUUUACAUUACUCCAAGAGCAGAUUGUCAUCUGUGGAACUGUGAAGCCACGGAGUACUUUUAUUCGACAUUCACCUAUUUGCAAGCGUGCAUUGAUUCUUCUAUAAUCAAGAUGAAGACCAAUUAUUCUGCUUGGGAGGAAUUGAAGACGACUCGGGCAGUUAUUAUGGGGGAGAAGGAAGUGGUGGUGGUUGACACAUUCUAUAAUUCUCUUAUGUCUGUGUUUCUGGUGAUGGCCUUCUCACCGCUUGGAUACUCCGUAGCAUUUUAUGUUGUGUUUGAAAAGGAAAAGAAGGUGAAAGAGUUCAUGAAGCUAAUGGGACUCCACGACACGGCUUUCUGGCUACCGUGGGUUCUCCUAUACACAGGCUUAAUUUUGGUCAUCUCUCUGGUCAUGGCAGUUGUUGCAACUACGUUCUUCCCUUUCAGCAAAAGCAACUGCUUCUUGAUUUUUCUGCUGUAUGCUCUCUAUGGGAUAUCCCUGGUUCUAUUUGCUCUCAUGCUGGCUCCACUGUUCAAGAACUCUAAACGAGCAGGCGCCAUUGUGUUCCUUUCAACACUGGUCUUGGGAGCUGUGGGCAUUUUCAUUGUGCUCAAAGAAGACUUUCCAAAAUCAUUUGUUUGGUUUUUCAGCCCUUUUUGCCAGUGCACAUUCAUGAUUGGUAUAGCCCAGGUCGUGCAUUUAGAAGACUUUCAGAGGGGAGCCCAGUUCACACAUCUGAAGGAUGGUCCAUACCCUCUUGUAAUAACAUUUAUUUUCCUAGUCGUGGACAGUGUCAUGUACCUGCUUCUGGCUACGUACCUGGAUCAGGUUCUACCAGGUGAAUAUGGUCUUCGACAGUCACCAUUUUUCUUCCUUAAACCUUCUUACUGGUCCAAGAGGAAAAAACGCUACGGGGAGCUGAAUGAAAGCUAUUUUGACCGAACCAUAGACCUGAGUGAGAUGAUGGAACCAGUGUCUACAGAACUUCAUGGGAAAGAAGCGAUCAGGAUUUGCUGCAUUUGCAAGUCUUUCAGGAAGAACAACAAGCCAAGAAAUGCCCUUCAAGGUUUGACCUUUGAUAUAUAUGAAGGUCAAAUAACAGCACUGGUUGGCCACAGUGGCACAGGGAAGACAACACUCAUGAAUAUUUUAUGUGGGCUCUGCCCGCCAACUGAAGGUUUUGCCACUGUUUAUGGUCACAGAGUGACAGACAUAGAUGAGAUUCAAGAAGCCAGCAAAUUGACUGGAAUCUGCCAACAGACUGAUAUUUUUUUUGAUGUUCUCACGGUGGAAGAGAACCUUCACAUUUUUGCCUCCUUGAGGGGAAUUGAUGAGAAGACCAAGGAGCAAGAGAUCAAUGAGAUCUUAUCUGAUUUGGAUAUGCAAGCUCUGAAGCACAACCAUGCCAGAACUCUCAGCAUUGGCCAGAAGAGGAAACUGUCUGUGGCCAUUGCUGUUCUGGGAAACCCCAAGGUUCUGCUUCUGGAUGAACCCACUGCAGGCAUGGACUCAUGCUCUCGGCACACUGUGUGGAACCUGCUGAAGAAACGGAAGGGAAACCAUGUUACUGUAUUCAGCACUCACUGCAUGGAGGAGGCGGAUAUUCUUGCAGAUCGUAAAGCAGUGAUUUCACAGGGCUCACUCAAAUGCAUUGGUUCCUCGCUGUUUCUCAAGAGCAAAUGGGGUGUUGGCUACCGUUUAAGCAUGGAUAUCAGAAAACCUUGUGACGUGGAUGCUCUGUCUUCACUCAUUACACAGCACAUUUCUGGAGCAAGUUUAAUGCAGCAGAGUGAGAACUCAUUACUGUAUUCAUUGCCGCUAAAGGACGUCAACAAAUUCCCAGGUUUGUUUUCUGCCCUGGACAGUGGAUCAGAUUUGGGAAUAAUCACAUAUGGAGUGUCUGCCACCACUUUGGAAGAUGUCUUCUUUAAGCUGGAGACAGAGGCAGAAAUUGAUCAAACAGAUAAUGGAAUCUUCAGUCAAAGGAACCAGGAAGAUGAGGGUAAAUGGAAAUCUAUGGAAGACAUAGAGCAGGGAUUGCUGGAACUGUCACUAGAAUCAUCGCCCUGUUCGGUGAGCGGUUCAGCUCUAUGGAAGCAGCAGGUUGCAGCCGUAGCCAAGUUACAUUUCCGUAAUUUGCAUCGGGAGAGUAAAUCUUUCCGAUGUAUGUGCUUGUGCCUGUUAUUCUUCCUAGUCCCACAGGUGACUCUGUAUCUCCUGGACCUGUCCUACCACAAGUCGCUGGCUCCCAUCAGACUCUCUGCAGAAAUGUACUUUGCCCAUCCAAAGCUAAAAAUCCACAAGUUUCUCACAAGCCUUCUGCUACAGAACUCUACCGGUACAAAUAUCGAUGAGCUCAUUGGCAACCUGAAUAGUCAAAAGAUAAAAGUUGACUUGAUCAAUGGAAGUGACUACAUGUCGGCAUCUCCCCAUAAUGCAGCUCUCAAUGUGUUUCUGUCUGGAAAGCAUUAUACAUAUGAAGCUGUUUUCAAUGCCUCCAUGGUGCAUUCGCUGCCUGUUCUCAUCAACACAAUCAGUAACACUGUGCUCAGGCAGCUUGGUGUGAAUGAGAGCAUUGAAGUCUGGAAUAGCCCCUUUUACCAGGACUUUUUACACGCAUCCAACGGAUUAGAUUUUUGUUUUUUCAUUGCGUAUCUGGGAAUGAUGACAGGCAUUCUACCGUAUAUUGCUAUGGAAAACGCCUAUAACUAUAAGGUAAAAGCUUAUUCUCAGCUGAAGAUGGCCGGCCUAUACCCAUCAGCUUAUUGGGUAGGACAAGCUGCAGUGGACAUGCCUCUUUUGUUUCUGAUGCUGCUUUUCAUGGUCGGAAGCAUGCUUGCUUUUAAAUCUGGAAUUGAUCUCCAUGCUGGAACAGUGGUAGCAAUGGUAUUCUGCCUCAUAGGCUAUGUACCUGCAGUUGUCCUUCUGACCUAUGUGGUUUCUUUCACUUACAAACUCAUCAAUGACACCAGGCAGUGGUGGUCCUUAAUCUUUGCAGUGACAGCUUCCAUUUCCAUCAUUAUUAUCGAGGGGGCAAUCUUCUUUGCAACCAGUGUUGCGGUUACAAGACUACAUGUGCUCUUCUCCAUACUUUUCCCCGUCUAUCCACUCCUAGGCUGCCUUACCUGCUUUAUGAAGAUAUCAAAGAAGUUGGAUCACAGUGAUGUGAACUGCCUAACUCAGCUUGGAAGGCUCUUGGUGGCAGUGUUUGCUCCUUACGUGCAUUCUCUGAUUUUCUUCUUAAUCCUGCGAUAUCUGGAGAUGAAAAAUGGUGGGCGAUCCAUAAGGAAAGAUCCAGUUUUUAGAAGCCAAAUAAAAAAAACAAAGCCCUGGAAGUUUGCUGAAGUGCCUGAAGAUGAAGAUGAGGAUGUGAAGGUAGAGAGAGCGCGGGUGGGUGAAUACAUGGCACCAGACUGUAAUGAGAAGCCAAUGGUGUUAGUUAGUGGCUUGCACAAAGAACAGGAUCAGACUGGUAAAACGAUUCUUGGAAAAGCAAUGAGGAAACUUGUAGUGAACAACGUAUCCUUUUGUGUGAGGAAAGGAGAAACACUGGGGCUGGUAGGACCAAACGGAGCUGGAAAAAGUACCCUGCUUAACAUGCUGGUGGGACAGAGUGAUCUGAAUGCUGGCCAGAUAUUGAUGGGAGAUCCAGCUGCAGGCGAGCCAGGCCUCAGCCCACCAAGGUUUGUGGGAUAUUCCCCACAAACAAACUAUUUUUGGCCAGAGAUAAAGCUUCAGGAGCACCUUGACACCAUCGGAGUCAUCAAAGGCAUGAGCAGCAACGUUCUGAAAGAAGUAACAAGGAGAAUAGUUGAAACCUUGGACCUGAAGGAACAUCUCCAGGAGCCAGCUAAGAAGCUCUCAGUUGGUAAUCAGAGAAAGCUGAGCUUUGCACUUAGCAUGCUGGGUAAUCCUGAUAUUGUGCUUCUAGAAGAACCCUCCAUGGGCAUGGAUCCCAGAAACAAACAGAUUAUGUGGAAAGUGAUUAGAACUACAUUAAAGGGCAAGGAGCAUGCAGCUGUGAUUACAACGCAUUCCAUGGAAGAGGCUGAAGCCAUCUGUGACAGGGUUGCAAUUAUGGUGUCCGGCCAGUUAAGAUACAUUGGCUCUGUCCAGCACCUGAAGAGCAAGUUUGGGAGAUAUUUCUCACUGGAAUUAAAACUUGAUACAAGAGCCAGGAAUCAGAAUGUGGAGCUUCUUCACAAGGAGAUCCUGCAAAUAUUUCCCAAUGCAAGUCACCAGGAGAGCUUCUCCUCUCUGAUGUCUUACAAAGUUCCUAAGGAGGAUGUGGAGUCCCUUUCCCAGGCAUUCUCUGAACUGGAACAAGUUAAACAAAUGUAUAAUAUUGAAGAAUACAUCUUCUCUCAGGCAACUCUAGAACAGGUAUUCAUUGAGUUAGCAAAAGAACAAGAGGAAGAAGAUAACAUUGCCACAAUGAACAGCACGUUGUGGUGGGAGAGAAGACAGGAGGACAGGGUUAUUUUCUGACUGCCACACACACACACACACACACACCUAUCAAGCUAUCUAUGAAUGUUGGCUAAUGGGAAAAUGUAUGCUGAUAUCCCUUUCCCUGCUAGAAGGGCCAGGAAUGCCUUUCAGAGCAAUAGGUUGCUGACUCUCUUUGGCAGCUGAAGGAUAUGGACUUCUCAUGCCAGAAAAGUCAUGGAGUUGAGGUUGGUUUGAGACAUAUUUUGUGGGCAAUCAUUCUGCGCUGCUACCCUUAUGUUUGAAUGACAAUGCGGCCUCGACUGAGGUAGGAGUGACAGACAGAAAAAAACUUUCCUUAAGAAGCAAUACCCAAACCUUUCCUGAGCCUUGGAGCAAGAUGGUUCUUCAUUAGAACAUAGAUAACAGUGUGACCACAUGAUUGUUUUGUGCUUUUCACAAAUCCAAAAAGUGCACUGGAGACAGGAAAUUUCUCUCAUUUUCCUCUUGUGUUGUAGGUAAAUGUUUCCGGUGAAUGGAGCUACAGAUAUACAAGUGACCUUUUAUCUUAAGCUAAAUUUCCCAAUUGAUUUGUACGUCCCAAGCCUAUAACCAGAAGCAGUACAGCACUACGUAAUGCUAAUGUGGCACAGUUAACACCUUUUCAUGAUAUUUCAUGUACAGGAGACAAAAGGGAACUGCUGUGUUUAUGUUUAAUGUUUUAUUGUUGAAUUAAUUGUUGAAUGACACCACUGUUACUGUUGCUCUUCUGUUGGUUAUGAAUGAAAUUUGAAGUAUUUAAAAGUAAAACAUAGUAUUGAUUGCUGGAAGAUAAAGUAACAUCUAUUUAUAAGUCAUGUUUAUUUUUUGCUAUUUAAGAAGCUAUUGAGUUUGCUCUCCACCUGAAUGAGAAGUGAGGCAUGAAACUGAAUAAAUAUGUAGAUACUUAUGAAAAAUUA